CACCGUUUACAUGGUUUUUAGCCGUUUAAAAGUAGACUGUUAUAGUGCCUAGCUAGCUAAAAUUGCCCUGGCUAAGGGGAAGUUGGCAUCCCGUUACCACAGCAACGUAUACGCUUCUUUAUACCGCGUGCUGUUAGCCUUAGGUUUAAUGUUUGCUAAAUUUUUAAGAUACUGACAAAGUGAAGCGUUCAAAGUGUGUCACGCGAAAACAGAAAUGCCUUUGCUUUCUUGAAACAAUGUAAAUUUAGUGCAAAUUCUGUUUGUUAAUUUAUUUUCUGAAUAGCAAACGCCGGGUGUUAAUGUUACACCGUAUUCUGUGACUUCAGGUCAUGCGCAGAGCCUAUUAUUAACUAAAGUAUGGGUAUGUGUGCCUCCAAAACCUCGAAAAGGACAAAAGGAUGAAUGAUUUGCUCAUCAACCCGACUCCAGAGACAGACGGCGCAUGAGCUUGAGAUGUGGCUCACUGGUUUGUCUGCUGAGGAGUGUGACAGCAGCUCAAAGGGAUCCUGAGACCAAGAUUCCUGUACCAUCUAGUUGUGGAGGCGGACACACGGAGGCAACAUCUUCCAAACCCUGUAUCCUCACAAAUGUAGGCUUAACGGUACAGGAUGGGUCUACCUCUGGACAGCCCAGACAGAAAUGAUGAUGCACAUAAACAUGAGCAGCAGGGGGAGAGAGGUGGAAGCCAAACUGAAGCCUGCACCCACACCCCACCCACACCCACCACCAAGAAGAGGAGUAAAAGCAAGAAGAGACUGUGGAUCAACCUCACCAACUGCAAAUAUGAGAGUGUGCGACGAGCUGCUCGACGAUAUGGCCUGAAGGAAGCGUCUGAGGGUGAAGACUGGACGCUGUUUUGGACCGACUGCUCCGUGUCUCUAGAGCGUGUUAAGGACAUGAAGCGUUACCAGAAAAUCAACCAUUUCCCUGGGAUGACUGAGAUCUGCCGCAAAGAUUUACUGGCCAGAAACAUGAACCGCAUGCUCAAGCUCUUCCCCAAAGACUACAACAUCUUCCCCAGAACAUGGUGCCUUCCCGCAGAUUACAGUGAUUUCCAAGCUUACACCAGGGCCAAGAAAAACAAGACGUAUAUCUGUAAGCCAGACACAGGUUGCCAAGGCAAAGGCAUCUUCAUCACCAAAUCGAGUAAAGACAUUCAGCCUGGAGAACAUAUGAUCUGCCAGGUUUACAUCUCCAAGCCUCUCAUCAUUGAUGGAUACAAGUUUGACUUGCGUAUCUAUGUGCUGGUGACAUCAUGUGACCCACUCAGCAUAUUCAUGUUCCAGGAGGGACUGGCUCGAUUCUGUACCACCAAGUACAGCGAACCAACACACAGCAAUGUGGAAGAUGUGUGCAUGCAUCUCACCAACUACUCCAUCAACAAGUACAGUGAGAACUUUGUCCGUGACGAGGACGCUGGCAGCAAACGAAAGCUUUCCACCCUGAACAAGAUCCUGGAGUCCAGCAAUUGCAACACAGAGAAGAUGUGGAAUGACAUUGAAGACGUAAUCAUAAAGACUCUGAUCUCUGUUCACCCCAUCCUCAAGCACAAUUACCUCACCUGCUUCCCCAGCCACACCACUGGCAGCGCCUGUUUCGAGAUCCUGGGCUUUGAUGUGCUGAUGGAUCACCGGCUCAGACCCUGGCUGCUGGAGGUGAACCACUCCCCGAGUUUUACCACUGACUCACAGUUGGACCGAGAGGUGAAGGAUGCUUUGUUGUAUGAUACCCUGGUUCUCAUCAACUUGGGAGCCUGCGACCGUCGCAAGAUCACCAAAGAGGAGAGACGCAGGGUGAAGGACAGGCUGCAGCAAAACCACUCCAGAGAGGCCAGGUCAGAGGAGCUACGUCAGUGCCAGGUAGCCACAGUGGAGCAGAUGGAGAAGUACGAGGCCAAACACCUGGGAGGCUUCAAGAGGAUCUUUCCUAGAGAGGGAGGGGAGAAAUACGACAAGUACUUCAAACACAGCAGCUCACUCUUCCAGGAGACUGCGGCAUCCAAGGCCAGAGAGGAGUGUGCCAGACAACAACUGCAGGAGCUGCGUCUGAAGCGGGAGCAGAAGGAGAAGAACCAGAAGGGAGGGCGGAAGAGAGACCUACAGGGGGAGACGGCAGGGGAGCCAGUCAAACCACGACUAGCAGCAGCACAACCCCCCAGCUUGAGCCGUGAUCUGAGGCCGCCCCCUCUGUCCAGUGUGAUGGUGGAUCCUGCAGCUACUGAAGUCCAAGAGCAAAAGCAGCAGCAGGAGGCGGAGGCAGACAGGGUGGAGCAGGAGCGGAUUGACGCGUUGAUCCAGAGGAAGAAACUACUGCAGGACCUAGGGGUGGUGGACCAGAUCCAGCAGCUGCUGCAGGGCCGAACAGAGGGAGGCAGAGUCCCACAGGAUGCCAAGGACACCUACACCCACCUGCACAGUAAACUGACACAGUUGGAUUCUUUGACACAGUUUUCUCAAAGACCAAGGCAGCAGCAGCAGCCCUACACUCAGAUCUCACUGCAGCACCUCCCCUCCCACAUGACUCGACCACCUUUACUGAGGCUUCCGUUUGACCAGAGGAGCCUGAACGAGUCGACCUGUCUGCAGCACGAGCCCGAGAGCCAGAGCAGAGCACAGGAAGCACAGAGGACGAUCAGUACCGAGCAGAUCCACUGUCCAGAUGUCAGGUUUUCUUCCUCAUCAGUCAGCGGCUCUCUGGCUGUGAGGUGGGACAGCAGGAGCAGCAACUACACUGACGCCCGGCCCCGUCCCUUCAUCCCCAUCACAAGCCACCUCCAUAGAGGGGGCCUGUGCUGUGCUUACACGUCCCAUGACCUCCAGAGCCUGCUCGUCAUUUCUACUUGCACCCCGCUGGUCAGGAGACCUGACCUCUCUCAGGUCGCCCGCCACCGCUCUCACAGAGCCCCCCAGCACAGCGAGGGGAAGUGAGGAGCCCGGCCUCCAGCCAGGAGGGUCCGUGCCGGCUGCAGGGUGAGAGGCCUGGUACUGUGAGAAAACAGAGACACACUGUGCCUGAGAUGGACUGUAUACCUGGACUCCUACAGUUUACGCUGCUCACCAGUGUACAAACAGCAGCACACUAUUUUCUACCUGCUCCGUGUGCUCACAAUGUGAUAGUUUGCUCUGAGGUCAAAUGAUCUCAAACUCAGCUUUAGUGCCAAAAUAAAAGCAUGAUUCAGAUGUGCACAUUUCUUCUGACUCUGUAUUAGAAUCCAAUAAAUUCACACAUGAUGGUUUGCAACUCAAGGCACCAGGUUUGUUUCUGAUUCGUAACUAUUAAAGUAUUAUUAAUUCAUAUAUUAUGAUUCAGUUUGUACAUCAUAUACAGUAAAGUGAGGGAUGUAAAUAAAGGCCUGCUGCUUCUUAUCUCAAGGAAAUGUGUUUGCACCAUCUGACUGGACAGUUUUAUUUUAUUACUGCAAAUAACUAUUUGCACUGACCCUCAAUAAAAUACUUUUUUAA